CUUGAAGUAGACAUGUGUAAAAUGCAAGUUGCUCCCAAGCUGUGGACCAUCCAUCGAAAUGGAGAAGUCCUUCUGAGGCUGUCAAAACACGGACCAGGCUGUGAUGCCCCAAUGACCAUCCCUGAAUUUUUUCAAGAGUCAGUCAAGCGAUUUGGGACUUAUCCAGCCCUUGCAUCAAAGAAUGGCAAAACAUGGGAAAUUAUGAAUUUCAGUCAAUACUAUGAGGCUUGUCGGAAGGCUGCAAGAGCUUUGAUCAAGCUGGGCUUGGAGCGUUUCCAUGGAGUUGGUAUCCUGGGGUUUAACUCUGUCGAGUGGUUUGUUGCUGCUCUCGGCACCAUCUUAGCAGGGGGCCUUUGUGUUGGUAUUUAUGCCACCAACUCUGCCAAGGCUUGUCAAUACGUCAUCACUAAUGCCAAGGUGAACAUCUUGCUGGUUGAAAAUGACCAACAGUUGCAGAAAAUCCUUUCGAUUCCACAGAAAAACCUGGAGACACUUAAAGCAAUCAUCCAGUACAAGUGGCCGAUGAAGGAGAGCAAGAACAACCUGUACUCUUGGGAAGAUUUCAUGGAACUUGGCAAUAGCAUUCCCAACACCGAGCUGGAGCAGAUCAUUGAGAGCCAGAAAGCUAAUCAGUGUGCUGUACUUAUCUACACUUCAGGGACCAAAGGCACCCCCAAGGCGGUGAUGCUCAGUCACGACAACAUCACGUGGACGGCUGGGGCAUUGAUGAAGGACUUUGGACUGAGUCACACCGUGAAAAAGCAGGAGGUGUUUGUCAGCUACCUGCCCCUCAGCCACAUUGUAGCACAGAUGAUGGACAUCUGGAUACCCCUAAAGAUCGGGGCUGUCACGUACUUUGCUCAACCAGAUGCUCUCAGGGGCACCUUGAUAACCACUUUGCAGGAGAUAAAGCCUACCGCCUUCCUAGGGUUGCCCCGAAUUUGGGAGAAGAUGCAUGAGAUGAUACAGGAAAAUAAUGCCAAGUUCUCAAGCUUGAAGAAGAAGGCGUUUUCAUGGGCAAGAGAUGUUGGCUUAAAGGUCAACACAAGAAGAAUGUUGGGGAAAGAUGAUACUACCAUGAGCUACUGCAUGGCGAAGUCCCUCGUGUUCAGCAAAGUCAAGAGCUCCCUCGGCUUGGAUCACUGCCACUAUUUCUUCAGCGGGGCCGCGUCCCUCCCCCAGGAGACCGCUGAGUUCUUUUUGAGCUUGAACAUACCUAUAGGCGAGCUAUAUGGGAUGACCGAGAGCACGGGACCUCACACAAUAUCCAACCCGAAUAACUACAAGAUUCUAAGCUGCGGCAGGGUCUUGAGCGGGUGUAAGAACAUGCUGUUCCAGAAGAACACGGAUGAGAUUGGGGAGGUCUGCAUCUGGGGCAGGCAUGUCUUCAUGGGCUACUUGGAGAGAGAGGAAGAAACAAUGGAGAUCAUCGAUGAGGAAGGCUGGCUACACUCUGGGGACCUGGGUCGCAUGGAUGACCAGGGUUUCCUCUACAUCACUGGCCGCAUCAAAGAAAUCCUCAUCACUGCUGGUGGUGAAAACGUGUCCCCCAUUCCCAUCGAGACCCUGGUGAAGAAGAAGAUUCCCAUCAUCAGCAACGCCGUGCUGGUGGGAGAUCAAGUCAAGUUUCUGAGCAUGUUGCUGACGCUGAAGUGCGAGAUGGAUGUGAUAAGCAGAGAACCUCUGGACAAGCUGAGCUUCGAGGCCAUCAACUUCUGCCGGGGCCUGGGCAGCCAGGCGUCCACCGUGUCUGAGAUCGUGAAGACGCGAGACCCCCUGGUCUACACGGCCAUCCAGCAAGGUAUAGAUGCUGUGAACGAGGUAGCCACCUCCAAAACGCAGAAGAUUUACAAGUGGGCCAUCUUGGAGAAGGACUUUUCCAUCCUAGGUGGAGAGCUAGGUCCAACAGCAAAAAUUAAGAGAAAUUUCAUAAUCCAGAAAUACAAAGAACAAAUCGAUAGCUUCUACAACUGA